UUGAAUCUGUCAUAUUACUGUUGCUUCAGUAUUUGUUUAGAUACUGUGGAAGAUUUAUAAGAAAAACUAUUUUUUGUGCAGGUGAAGAAAAUGAUAGCAAUUAACCAAUUUUAAAUACGUCAUAAUUAGCUCAAAUCAAUCCUUCGGAAUAACAACUGUCAUGGCUGAUGUAUCGGAGAAAAAACCAGAAAAAAUUUAUAAUGAUUUUAAAGAGAAUAAAGAGGAAUUUGCAAUGGAACAACUAGCAACAAGCGAAAAAGACUUUGAAACUGUAAGAAAAAGUACGGAAACACUGAAAUGCGAAAUUGACGAAAACGACGUUGAAUCGGAAAGGUUAAUAGACCGAAAAAACUUGCGACAAAGAUUGGAAAACACACAAAAACUUUACGAAAAAAGUAAAGCGGUAUUUAAACAAUUACUGCAGGAAAUUGAGCCAGAAAAUUGUCCAAAAUCUUGUAAUGACAAUAUAUGAAAUGUAAUUGUGUAAAUUUUCAUUUGUUGUUUGACUUUAAAUGUAUUUCAAUAUGAUUAGUCGUUAACGCUUCUGCUGAAGUCAUGUAGCAAAUCAUAAAUCUCUUUAGUUGCUGUCACUUGUGCACGAACAUGUGACAGAUAGUCAGAGUAAACUUGCGUUGACAUGUCUGAUUCUGAUGCAUCUGGAUUGCUUGUAAACAUAUUGCUUUCAUUGGCCUGGAUGAACGCUGUUCUUGCAACCAUCUGGAAAUAAAUUAAAAAGCUUUCAUACUUAGCUUA